AAGAGCUUAUUUGGCGGAAUAUCAGUCAUUCAAUCAAAUAAUAAUGGGUUGCUUAUAUCUGUGGCGGUGCGAGACGCAAACCAUUCGGUGGACUUCAAGCUUGAUCACUUAGCUCCCAAUGGUGGCCAAAAAAAUGGAGAAGUCGUGGCAGAUUACGUCAUUUGUAUGAUGCAAAACUACGAACGUGCGAAUCUAGUCAAAUUCAUUGCAGUUGGCAUACCUACCACUCUUUUGGCGAUGAGUUCAGAAUUAUGCUCCCAGCUUUGGCAGGAGGCGGAUAUAAUUCCGAUCGUCACCCCACUCAGCUACGAACCAAGUCGAAGCUCAUUUUGGGAUGUCAAGACGGUCGAUGAACAAGCGGAUUCUAUGGCACGCAAAUGCAUAGUGUGAGCACUCUUUGGCAAUUUUUAUGUUCAUAUAUAAUGAUUAUCAGGCACUUUGGACCACAUUAUAUACCCCGCCUUCAGGUCGAUUCACAAUGUACUGUCCAGGUUGACAUCGGAUCGAAAGCACACCUUUGUACGGCACAAGAUCAUGAAUUGACAGUUGGAGAGAAUACGUGGAAAUCCAUGAUUCACUUCGCAGUUCAGCUCAAAGAGAAAAACACCAGAGCCGCAUUUUUCAGCUCUAGUCCACAAUUUGGGAGUGUAGCGCGCAUGCGACACGCGCUUGUCCGCUUUUCUAAGCUGCUUGGUGUGGAUCUAGCAUGGUAUGCUCCGAAGCCGCAGCCUUGGGUGUCUAAAAUCAGGAAGAAAAUGCGAAGUAUCCUCGAAGGAGUUGCUAAUGCAGACCUGCAAAUUUCGAAUGAAGAAUAUAAUGAAUUACAAGGCUGGAUAAUUGAAAAUGCCAGGCGAUACUGGCUGCCUAGGAAUGGUCCGCUUCGGCCUGUUCGGGAAGGAGGUGCACAUGUUAUAGUGAUCGAUGACUUUGAAAUGUCAGGGCUCGUCCCUAUUAUCAAGAGCCUGUCGCCGGAUCGGCCAGUAAUCUAUCGAUCGCAUACUGAGAUCCGCUUUGAUCUCGUCGCCCAAGCUGGUUCGCCCCAAGCUGAAAUUUGGAAGGUCCUCUGGGGAGAUGUCUGCCAAGCAGAUAUUUUCGUGAGUCAUCCGAUGAGGAUGUUUGCACCAUGUGAUAUUCCUCAAAAGACUCUUGCAUACAUGCCAGCAACCACCGAUUGGUUGGACGGCUUGAACAAGCCUCUAGACAGUUGGUACAAGAGCUUCUACAUCCAUCAAUACAAUCUACAGUGUGAAACACGAGAAAUGAAUGGACUUGAUUAUCCAAAACGCAAAUAUAUACUCCAGAUUUCACCGUUUAGCCCCUCUGAAGGGAUCGAUACAGUGUUGCGCUCAUAUUCUGAAUUUCAUAAGCUUUUAGAUCUUGCUCAGUUACCAGAUAAGCCGCAAUUAGUUAUUGCUGAGCACCCUUCUCUCGAUGGUCCAUUCGGAGACUUAAAUUACGGCCAGAUGCUCGAACAGAUCCAAAUGAGAUUCCCACACCUUGCGGAUGACAUUAGUGUUAUGCAGUUGGAUGGGAGCGACCAACUGCUUAACACCCUGAUUUCGAGCGCACAUGUUGUUCUACAGCUCUCAACCUCUGGAGGGUUCGAGACCAAGGUUUUAGAGUCUCUUCAUGCCGGCAGACCUGUCAUAACAAUUCCGUCAGGCGAAAUUCCCUUCCAUUUACGAGACAAAGAAAAUGGGUUUUUAGUCGAACCAGGCAAUUACUGUGCGGUUGCUCAACAUUUACUGACUCUAUUCACGAAGCCCCAGGCAUGGGCGAAGAUGAGCCAUGCCGCUAGAACAGGUGUCACUGACGAAACAAGCACUCCUGGCAAUGCACUCUCGUGGUACUACCUCUUCACUAAACUGACAGGGACCGGCGGUCUGGGGAGUUUGCAAGACGCCUUCAAAGGUCAUCAAAAAUGGGUCAAUGAUAUGGCUCGUGAAGAGGCUGAAUAUCCAUAUAGAGAAGGCGAGAAUCGUCUUCCAAGGUCCUAUAAGUAAUAAAAUUUGACUGUGCUGCUCCAGCAUGGGUGCCUUUAUCACUGCACAAAUGAGGUGACAGUAGAGUCCGUACAUUUUUCUUGAUCAUGCCGGAAAUUUAAAUGGUAA